AUGAACAACAAGCACCCAUUUCUUGUGGAGAAGGAACCACAAAAGCCUCUCAUCUCUCUUGAUCUUCUCAACUCCUUACCUCAACGAAUAGUCUAUCCCGUUCCAACCAAAACUGUUCCAUCGUUAUCCGUGGCUUGCUUCGCAGAGGACAUUAUCAUUUGUAAGGGUUUGCAACAAAGUGGUCGUUGGGAAGUGUUUGAUUCCGAAGAGUAUUUCCUCUCAAAUCUCUUUACACGACCCCUUGAUCAAGAGUAUCGAUACUUUUUGGAUUUUGGUUCCAAUCUUGGUCUAUUCUCUCUUUUGCUUGCAUCGAAGGGGAAUUGGAAAGGUAUUGCUGUGGAAGCUCUCUUUGGAAGCGCCAUCGAGUUCAAUCUUUUUGCAAACAAGUUGCAAGAUAAAGUGAGAGUAGAGAAGGUAGCGUUGGCUUCCGAUGGAAUUGGUUAUGUCCACAUGAAGUUUCAUGCUAACAAUCCAGGAUCGUCCACAGCAGUAGGAGCAUCCGAAACAGAGGGUCACAUGAAGGUCCCUAAAAUGACCAUUGACAUGGUGGUGGAAAAGUAUGAAAAAGAAGGUUUCAUUCCAAGAGGUGUGGAAUUUGAUUAUGUCAAGUUGGAUAUUGAGGGAUUUGAAGUGAAGGCCUUAAAAGGGGCCACGAAAUUAUUGGAACAGAGACGUGUCAAGUUGUGGCAAAUUGAGCUAAUUCAUCAUAUUUCUGAAGCAGGAGAUGAUCCAAAAGAUGUGAUCAGAAUGUUAAAUCAAAAUGGUUAUACUGUUUUCUGGGGAAAGGACAAGACACGUAAAAUCACGCCAGAAACUCUUGAAAUUAAGGGAUGGAAUGAUGCGUAUGCUUUUAGAAAUGAUCUUCUUUCUCAAAGUCAAAUCUAA